AUGACUAUCACGCAAGUCGCCGCCGCGAAACUGCAAAAGGUGCUUAUCCUCCCCUCCCCGCUGGUAACGGCGGAAGCACAACGCCGCAUUCUGGAGUCACAAAAGUGCACCGUGUACCUGCGUCCAUCGGCCAUGAAAGCUGAAGUAGAUGCAAUUCUGCAUGAUGCACCUCAUAUCCAGACAAUCAACAUCCCAGACCUUGAACAGUUCCUCCAUGAGACCGAAUCAGAGCCUGUCACAUACAGUAAAACAUGGGACGAGGGCAAAAACGACCCGUGGCUGGUGUUCCACACCUCGGGGACGACCGGAAACCCUAAGCCGGUGACCUGGACGCACUGGAUGAUGGCCUCGAUUGACAUGAUGGCAGCCGCCCCGAACAUCAAGGACAGCAUGGUCCACCGUGCCGCCAACCACCGACUCUUCACCCCGACCCCCUCACUCCACCUAACAGGAAUGAUGCUCAUUAUCGCCACAACAUCCUACGUAAACAUGACCGCUGUCCUCGGCCCCUCCACAGCCCUCACCCCCGCCACCGUGAUCUCCGUCUUCCAAAACACCCACAUAGACGGCACCCUCCUCCCACCAGCCCUAAUCGACGGCCUCUGCCUGUCAGAAGCCGGACUAGCCGCUCUCCGCAGUCUCAGCUUCCUGAUGUACACCGGGGCCCCGCUAGCCGCCAAAUCCGCCGCGCUGCUGACCCCCUACAUCCCGGUGGUGAUCAACGGAGUGGGCACCACCGAAGCAGGGGGAUACUUCGCGACGCACCACGAGCACCGCGAUGACGCCGACGCGUACCUGUGGCUAUCAUUCGCGCAGCAGAAGGGUGCAAUGUUCGAGCCCCUCAUCGCCGACGGGCUGCACGAGCUGGUGUUCACUUACCCGCAUCUCACGCGGUUCGAGACCCACGACCUCUGGCGCCCGCACCCCGUCCACAGGGACCUGUGGCAAAUCGUCGGCCGCACGGACGACUACGUGCCCCUCUCGCAUAGUAAUGGGCUGCAUGCCUCAUCGCUGGAGCCGGAGAUCACGGCCCAUCCUGCUGUCAAGGCGGCGUUGAUCGGGGGCCAUGGGCGGGCCAAGCCGGUGCUGCCGGUGCAGUUGGUGGAGGAAAUGGCGGCAUCAGAGUUUGAGGUCGAGAGUCUCAGGCCCUAUGUGGAGAAGGUGAACGCGCGGGUUCAUGAGUGUGUGCGGUUGGGCAUGGGGCGGGUGUUUGUGGCCAGCGAGGAGAAGCCGUUUCUGUACAUCGAGAAGCAGAGUGUCGCGCGGAUGCAGAGUCUGGGGCUAUAUGAGGCGGAGAUUGAGGCGUUGGAGGGGUAG